GCGGAAGCGGAAGGCAGAGACCGGGGGAAGCCGACCCGAGGAGUGGCGGUAGAUGGCGGCGCGGUUAGCGACCGUGUCCCGAACUAGAGCCCGGGGCCGCGAUCGAUGCCUUGGGCCGCAGCAGGCCGCUUGGGACAGCAUCCCCACGAAAUCAUGUGGGGAAGAUUUCCUCUCCUCCAGCCUACCUGACCUCGCCAUCACAGGGUUGGACACUGGAGAGAUUCUGGGAGCUUUCCACAGUUAUGUCGAUCAGACCAUAAUCUCCAUCAUUGAGGACUCCUCAUCAGCAGAGAGUAAAUGCCCAUUAGACGAGGAGAGCGAAGCAACGUUACUGACGGCCCUAACUGAGAUUCUGGACACUGUCGAUGAUGAAAAUCCCUCUCCGUUUGACACACUUCCUGACAAUGAGCUGUUUGCCUCGCCAAAGGGUGUCCGUGAAGGGCCGCUGAGGGUAGGGAGAUGCUCGUGGGCCUCUUUCCCAGACUCGGAGAAGGACCUCUUCAAAUGUGUGGACGCGGCCGUUCCUCAGGAUGUCUCGUGGACCUCCGAGAAGACUGCCGAUGAAGACUGCUUUGGGAUGGAGAGUUUGUCGGACCACACUGCUGACACAAUUAGCGGUGUUGCAGAUGUAUCCAAACCUGCCAUUGAAAUCCUGGACCUGCAGCUGGAUCAACAGCUGGAUUCUGUUGGUUUCGAGGACAGUGUGACCCUUGUGUUUGACCAGAAUUCUCCUUGCGUCAUCAAUGUCGAGCAUGUUUCCCUGUCUGACCUGGUCAAGUAUGUUCACCCUUAUUGCCUGCCCUCCGAGGACAGCACGGACUCCCCAACCAAAGCUGUCACGUUGGAUGUCGAGAUGGUCCAAGAGGGGGAGUUGCUGGAUCUGGAUCUGGAAGGUCCGGCAACCUUGUGUGGAAGCCCCCAGCGUCCUUCAGGCACACCACUCUCCACGGCUGGUGAGAAGCCUACAGCAGCUGGAGACCCUGCCCCAGAGGGUCUGCCUCACUCCCCGCCGGGUCAGCCUGUUGUGCCUGUAACCUCCCCAGAGCCGGAGCAGCCACCAGCCCCAGUGAGAAAGAGGGGACGGCCGAGGAAAGUGUCCAAACCCGAGGAGAAGGCAGCGGUGGGAAUGCAGCGGGGCCGAGCUGAGGGCCCUGUCACGCGCUCCAGUCUGCGGCGACAAUUACAACCCGAGUCCCAGGACCAGGCUUGGCCUGUGGGGACUAAGGGACCACAGACCAGGCUGAGAGCUCGGGACAGGAGAGACCUGGGUGCUGAGCCUGGGUCCAGGCUCCGAGGGAGCAGCAGGGUCAGGGCUGGGGCUGUAGGUGUCCAUCCCGGGUCAGAGGGAGGAACUGACAGCCAGGAGGGAGCGGCAGUUUCAGCUGAUGGCCCUGCUUGCACCUCCCCUGUGGUCCUUCCCCCUGUCAUGCAUCCGUCUGUAUCUCCACUGACUCCCCCUCCUGAUCCUUCUCCCUCUGUCUCCAUGGGUUCCAACCCUCCUGCCUCCAUCUCUGUACCUUCCCCACCCUCCAGUGCCCCUCCUGUCUCCCCACUGGCCUCCCCUCCUAAACCCUCUCCCUCUGUCUCCCCACCAGCUUCCCUUCCUGAAUCCUCUCCCACUCUCUCCCCACUGGCCUCUUCUCCCUCUCUCUCCCCACUGGCCCCCCCUCCUAAACCCUCUCCCUCUCUCUCCCCACCAGCUUCCCUUCCUGAAUCCUCUCCCACUCUCUCCCCUCCUAAACCUUCUUCCUCCGACUCCCCACCAGUUUCCCUUCCUGAGUCCUCUCCCGCUCUCUCCCCACUGGUCUCCCCUCCUAACCCCUCUCCCUCCGACUCUCCACCAGCUUCCCUUCCUGAAUCCUCUCCUGCUGUCUGCCCUCUGGCCUCCCCUCCUAAACCCUCUCCCUCUGUCUGCCCUUUGUCUGCCUCUGCAUGGUCCAAUCCCCCUGCCUCCAGCUCCGUAGCUUCCGCACCCUCUAACACUCCUCCCUUUGUACCUCAUCCUUCGCUCUCCCCACCGGCCUCCCCUCCUGAAUCCUCUCCCUCAGUCUCCACGCCAGCCUCCCCUUCUGACCCUUCUCCCUCUGUGUCCCCUCCUUCUGCCUCUCCACUUUCCAUCCAGCCUCCCUCCAUACCAGCUGCUUCCCCUCCUACCACUGUCCCUCCGGCAGUCAGCAGCCCCCUGCCCAGCGAACCCCGCCUGCGCCCCAUUAGCCUGGAGCAGUACCGGAAGCGGCAGCGAGCAGGAGCCUCUUCGGGGCCCCGGGACCCCCGCCCAGCGUCUGGGCCCAGCCCUGGAGCCUGGCCUGUCGUCCCCAUCACUUCCAUCGUCCAGGGUGAGCUCAGUGUCCUGCCGCUGGACAACCUGGGGUCUCCCUUGAGCCCAGCACCCUCGGCCCCACCGGCUAUCCCAAAGGGGCAGGGGCUAGGCCACAGACCCAUUCCCCUGCCCCACAGUCAGCCCAUGGCGCGCUGGGCUCCACCGCCUACACACAGCCCCUCCCAAGCCCCUGACACAGUCACAGUCUCAGUCUCAGCCCCGCCCCAGGCUCCCGCCUUACCCCCCAACCCGGGUUCUGUUGCAGCACCAGCCCAGACGGGGUGGGGCCAGACACCCAACCCAUUGCACACACAGCAGACGCAGAAGCCGAGUGUGUGCCAGACACCUGGUCCAGGGCAGACACCCAGCCCGGCCCAGAUGGGAUGGAGACAAACACUGGGCCUGGUGCAAACCGGGCAGCCCCAUACACAACAGUCCCUGAAACCAAGCCCGUGCCAGACGCCCAGCGCAGCCCAGACAUCUGCCCCUGCCCAGGCAGGAUGGGUUCAGACAUCCGGGCUGGUCCAGACAGCCAAUCCGAAACUGACACGGCAGGACCAGACACCCAGUUCAGCCCAGACAAUCUCACUGGGAGCUACUGCAGUCCGUGGCCAAGUGCUGAGUGUUCAGCAACUUGUCCCAGCCUUUCUCCCUGGUGGGGGUCCUGCCUCGGUGCAGGCUGGUGUAUACACAGUGACACAGGGUAAACUGAGCCCUGCCCCAACACCUCCCCCUGGGGGAAAUCCAUCCCCUGUGCAGACUGGUGUAUGCACAGUGACACAGGGUAAACUGAGCCCUGCCCCAGUCCCUCUCCCCAAGGAGAUUCCAGCCUCUCUGCAGGCCGGUGUAUACACAGUGACACAGGGUAAACUGAGCCCUGCCCCAACACCUCCCUCUGGGGGAAAUCCAUCCCCUGUGCAGGCUGGUGUAUACACAGUGACACAGGGUAAACUGAGCCCUGCCCCAACACUUCCCCCUGGGGGAAAUCCAUCCCCUGUGCAGGCUGGUGUAUACACAGUGACACAGGGUAAACUGAGCCCUGCCCCAGUCCCUCUCCCUGGGGGAAAUCCAUCCCCUUUGCAGGCUGGUGUAUACACAGUGACACAGGGUAAGCCAGUUCAUGCCCCAGUCCCUCUCCCCAAGGAGAUUCCAGCCUCUGUGCAGGCCGGUGUAUACACAGUGACACAGGCCAAACUGGGCCCUGCCUCGGUCCCUCUCCCCAAGGGAAAUCCAGCCUCAGCCCCUCUCCCUGAGGGGAGUCCAGCUUCGUUGCAGGCUGUGACGCAGGGUAAACCGGCCCCUCCUGCUUUGGCGCAGGCUGGUGCCUACACAGUGACUCUGGGUAAACCAAGUCCUACCCCAGCCCCUCUCCCUGAGGGAAAUCCAGCUUCAGUCCCUCUCCCGGGGGGAAAUCCAGCUUCGGUGCAGGCCGGUGUAUACACAGUGACACAGGGUAAACCAAGCCCUGUCCCAGCCCCUCCCCCUGGGGAAAAUCCAUCCCCUGUUCAGGCCGGUGCCUACACAGUGACGCAAGGUAAACCAAGCCCUGCCCCAGCCCUGCUCCCUGUGGAGAGUCCAGCUUCAUUGCAGACUGUGACACAGGGUAAACCAGCCCCUCCAGCUUCGGUGCAGGCUGGUGCCUACACAGUGAUGCAAGCUAAACCAAGCCCCGCCCCAGCCCCUCUCCUGGGGGGAAAUCCAGCUUCGGUGCAGGCCAGUGUAUACGCAGUGACACAGGGUAAACCAAGCCCUGUCCCAGCCCCUCUCCCUGGGGGAAAUCCAUCCCCUGUGCAAGCCGGUGCCUACACAGUGACACAGGGUAAACCAAGCCCUGUCCCAGCCCCUCUCCCGGGGGGAAAUCCAUCCCCUGUGCAGGCCGGAGCCUACACAGUAACACAGGGUAAACCGAGCCCUGCCCCAGCCCCUCUCCCAGAGGGGAGUCCAGCUUCGAUGCAGGCCCGGGUCAACACAGUGACGCAGGGUAAACCAGCCCCUCCAGCUUCAGUGCAGGCCGGUGCCUAUACAGUGACACAGGGUAAACCAAGCCCUGCCCCAGCCCGUCUUCCCAAGGGGGAUACAGCCUCUGUGGUGAGGAACUCACCAGCACUACUGCCCCGAUCCAUACCCACGCAGCAACAGUGCAACAGGACAGCUGAUGCAGAGCAGGUCGGACAGCACCGCAGCUCCUCCCUGCAGGAAGUUCUGACAGAGGACGGCACUAAAGGUAUCGAGGCUGCGGAUCUGAUGAGUUUGUUGGAACAAUUUGAAGUGAAUGAGGUGAACGAAUGGCCGUCUCCUCCAGGCAACACUAGGGUGACUGAGCCAGAUGGCAAGAUCUUCCUGGAUCAGGUCUUUGGAGUAGAACUGGCGGGUACAGCUGGUCUGACGCCCCCGGCCACCCCCCCUUACCAGCACUGGAAGUCUGUCUCACCAGCCUGUCGCCAGCCCCUCCAGGGCUCUCCACCACAGACGUUGAGGUUCACCGAAGUCAAGCAUCCGGUGCAGAACAGGGGCAGCAAGUGUGUGGAAGCCCGGAACCAGGCCGGGACCUCGGCCGCGCAUGUGGGAACGCAUUUCGUGACGAAAACCACGGGUGUGGCAACACAAUCUGUGACCGGUACCUCAACCACAUAUGUGGGAACACAGUCCAUGACAGGUACCUCGACCACAUAUGUGGGAACGCAGUCUGUGACCAGGGCCUCGGUCGCCCAUGAGGACACACAGCCCAUCUCCAGAGCCUCAGUCACGCAGAUGGAUGUUCAGUCUGGGACUAGAACAUCGACCACACAUGAAGGAACACAGACCAGCUCGCUGACCACGCGUGUGGGUGUGCAGUCCAUGAGCAGGACAGUGUCCACUCCGGCCCCAGGCUUUGGUGACCAUGAAUAUUGCCUGCCCAGUGUUCCGACUGGACAUACUCUGCCACACAAGACAAUCCCACCGCCUGGAACGAGGCCCAAUGUUGCCUGUCGUUGGAAUGUGAAGCGGCAAUCGAGUAUCACCAUCAAACCCAUCACCUUAUUGAACCAUCGAGCCUCUGGGCUACAGAAACAGGGAGUUGAGAGCUCGUGUACUGUGCAGGAGCUGCCCAGGGAUGGGGUACCCUCUGCUGGAGCGAGAGAAGGCUCCCGGACUUGCUCCCGGACGCUGGAGAGUGCGAGCAUUGGCCUAGAGGGAGGAACCUGGACUCCGUCCCUCAGUGGGCCUGAAGAAUGCAGAGGAGAGCCCUCUGGUUCUGAAAGGGACUGCAACAGGACUCAAUCCUCCCCCUGCUAUCGUCGGGAGUACUCCAGCUCCUCCAGCUCCAGAUCCCGAUCCCGUUCCCGUUCUCAGUCUCGGUCUUGGUCCCGGUCCCCGGCCCGGAAGCGGAGACGGUACUACAGGAGGAGGUCCCGACAUUCCCGACACAGUUCCCGCUCAGAUUCCAGAUCCAGCUCGCGGUCCAGGUCGUUUUCCAGAUCCAAUUCACGAUCCACGUCUGGAUCCAGGUCGAGAUCUAGGUCUCCGCAGAGGUGUAGUGUCCGGAUGAGUUACUUCACAGAUGAGUUUGACCCGUAUGAUGUGGGGCCAAGAGACAGAUAUCACUACUCGAGGCGACAGGCUCACGAACACAAGAUCAGUCGGAGGAGAGAGCUCGCCAUUGAGGAGCGGCGAGUUGUUUAUGUGGGAAAAAUCCGGAAUGGCAUGAUGCGUGAGGAACUCCGGAGACGAUUCGAGGUCUUUGGGGAAAUCGAGGAUUGUAACAUUUACUUCAGAACUCAAGGGGAUAACUACGGGUUUGUCACCUACCGCUACACGUGUGACGCUUUUGCUGCCAUCGAGAAUGGACAGUCACUGCGCCGGCCCGAUGAGCUGCCCUUUGACCUGUGUUUUGGUGGCCGACGACAGUUCUGUAAAACCAAUUAUGCUGACCUGGAUUCCAGUCACAGUGAUGUCAGCUCCUAUUCAAGCAAAAGCAAGUUUGAUUCUGUAGACUUUGACACUUUACUGAAACAGGCCAAACGAAGCCUGCGGAGGUGACGCAGAGCCCUUGUGGGAGAAGAGGUGUGGGAGGCGCUGACAGACCAGGACUGCACUCCCUUCUGAUUCAUGCUGCUACUGGAGUUAUUCAGAUUUAUAUAAACUCAGGCUGCUGUGUGUCGCUCUGGAUGGUUAUGUCAUUGGGGAGUUGAACGGAGGAGCACCGAGUCAGGAAAACAAAAACCCACUUUUAAAAAAAAUCUAAUAAAAUAUA